AUCACUUGGUCUCCUCCUACAAAACACCCUCACAUACACAGACGCCCUAGCACAAGAUGGUCGUGCUUGAGACUUCCGACAGCGAGCGAUUCACCGUCGACAAGGACGUCGCCGAGCGAUCCGUGCUGAUCAAACAGAUGCUCGAUGAUCUGGGAGACACAGACAACCCCAUUCCUCUCCCCAAUGUCACCUCCAACGUACUCAAGAAGGUACUCGAGUACUGUGGACACCACAGGAAUGACCCAGCCCCUCCCGCUGACGAAGCCGAGGAGUCACGAAAGAGAACAACCGAUAUCAGCGAAUGGGAUCAAAAGUUCAUCUCCGUCGACCAGGAGAUGCUAUUUGAGAUUAUCCUGGCUGCCAACUAUCUCGACAUCAAGCCUCUCUUGGAUGUGGGCUGUAAGACGGUUGCCAAUAUGAUCAAGGGAAAAACACCCGAAGAGAUUCGCCGACUGUUCAACAUUCAGAACGACUUCACACCCGAAGAGGAGGCUCAGAUCAGAAAGGAGAAUGAGUGGGCAGAAGACCGUUAGGUGGGCGCUAGAUGGCUCGUCCCGUAGGAAAGCUCAUGGUAGUAGAGUUACUGUGCCCGCUGUUCAUGAUAUCCUCUGGCUCAGAGCCUUUGGAUAUGCCGGGAAGUUAAAGCUGGGAGAAUAGGGGAA